AUAACAUAUAUUCAAUACUUUAAACCGACGUCCGUAAUGUUCAGACAUUAAUACCUUUCAAUUGCUUAAAAAUUUGACUUUUAGGACUUUUAUGUCCAUUCAAAUAUAUAAAUAAGGCUUACGACUAUUGAUUUGACAUGUUUGAGGAAAAGUAACACAUGCGUCCAGCUGAGAUGGGAAAGUACAAAGGUUUCCCGCACUAAAACAUAUUUGGACAAACUAUAUGAAAGGAAUAUACGUUUUCAGUAUCCAUGAGUAUAGUGUUUCAAAUUAUAAGAUAAAAUGAAAAAGAAAUGAUACUAUUUAAUCUUGAACCUAGUGAAACUUUCUUCUUUCUUCACAAAUGAAUAAAUAUAUAUUUAUAUUGCAACAUUUACCGACCGUAAAAGGUUUUAUGCUGCUCCAGGAUACAACCUACUUUAGUGAACUAUUUGCAAGUUACACAUGAGAAGUAACUUACUUUUUACUUUUUAAUUGGAAUUAGUCAUCCGGUUUUGCACGAAAAAUGGCGUCGACGGUGAGCGGGAGUACAGCAUUUACGUUUCAAGCAGAUCCUGAUACUGGAACUUUCAAACGUCGUUUUGGGGAUGUAUCAAAUUUUUUCGUUGAUUCAGAAAACGGAAAAGUUUUAGGCAAAACGCUCCAACAGUGGUUAUUUGGUGCUAUAUUCUACAUCGCCUUCUACUGUUGUAUUGUCGCUUUAAUGUUAGCGUGUGGUGCUGUCGUAUACCAAACAUUAGACUGGAACAUGCCUCGACUAACAGCACAAAAUAGUAUUCUACAGCUGAAUCCUUCACUGGGAUUCCGUCCAUUACCUGACUCGAGCACAACUCUGAUACGAUUUAUCAAGGGAAAUAAAAGACAAUAUUCAAUACUUCAAGAUAACCUUGAGGCAUAUCUACUAUUUUACGAAAACCAGAAUCAGGUAACAGAUACAGGAGUGAUGGUAGAUUGUAAAACGUACAACAAAAGACGACCUCAAUUGGAAUGGGACAAAGCAUGUAGAUUUGAACUUCAAGAUCUGGGAAGGACAUGUAUAAAGCAGCAAGACUUUGGAAUGAGAUAUGGCCAACCUUGUGUUUUAUUCAAAUUAAACAGGGUUUUUGAUUGGCACCCAGAAAAUUACCAAAACGGCAGUGAUAUUCCCUCAGAAAUAAAAGACACCUAUUUACCUUACUACGUUCAUCUAAAAUGCUUUGGAGUGACCCCGGCUGACGAGGACAACAUGGGUAGAAUAGAAUAUAACCCAGCAGGUGGUUUCCAUUUCAAAUACUUUCCGUUUCGAAAUCAGCAGGGAUACAGAUCACCAUUGGUGUUUGUCCGCUUUCCUAGUGUGUCAAUGCACAUUCUUGUCAUGAUAGAAUGUAGAGCUUAUGCAAGAAACAUUCGACAAAAUAGUGUAGAGAGAGCUGGAACUGUCAGAUUUGAAUUGCUUGUGGAUUGAUCUUGUACAAAUUUAUAUUUAAACGUUAAAAUCUAAACGACCUUGAUUAAAAACUGCAGGAUGUGUUCAAGAACACAAAAUAGGUACUGUCUUGUGAAUAUUGUUGAAAAUCACUACAGUCACUUGUACAAAUAUUUUUUUUUAAAAGUAUUAGAACAAUACAGUAAUACAGAUUUGCGUGUAAUUUUUCAAUUGUAUUGGUUGAAAUCACUAGAAGAUGAUUACACAAAAAUGAAUCAGUAUAAUUUGAAAAUUUGGCCAUGAUAAAAAAAAAAUAGGUACCAAUUUUGGACAAAGAAUUUUAAAUAAACUUUUAAAAAAGACAGAAGUAAAUCUUCAAUAUGUGUGAAAUCUUUCUGUGAUGUUUCAAAAAACAUGGAUAAAGCCUGAACCAAGGAAUAGAUUAUUACCAAAAUUACUAAGUUCCUAAAUAUUGAUAAUAGAGAACAAAAAUCCUGAAAUCUUUUUAAAUACAAUAUACAAAUAAACCUAAGGACAUACAUUUAUGGAUAGAUGCAUAAGUGUUUUAAAUAACGUUCAGAGGUCAAUAUUACAUGCGUGCAUAUUAAUUGGAGAACACUUUAAUGUGAUUAUAAUUUGUAAACUGCUUUGUAAUAAACCUACAAGCUGAUCCGCAUUUCAACCUGCUAGCUCAAAAGGUCUACAGGAAGACAUAACAUCUUAAAAACUCUUCAGAAAGACAUUUUAUCAUACACGGAUGUAUUUUUCUUACUUCGAGACGACUAGUCGUUGCUUUAAAACCUAGCAUUAUGCCACGUGGCUCGCGGAGUAUCGUCAACUUUUUAUUUUUCAAUGCCUUGAUUUGAGCAGGUCUAGAU